AUAUGAUCUAAUUUAUAUUUUCAUUUAAAAUCGAAAUCAAUUCAGAAUUAACAAAAGAAAAAACUUACCUUAAACGCAAGAACAGAUGCUUGCCCACUUGCCCUUAUUCAUUGUCUAUGGGCAGCCGUUGUGUGAUAAAUAUAUUACGACUCCUGAUAAGAAGAUUCUAAUCCAAUUCACUCAUUUGACUACAUUCAGAGGACGCAGCUCUGGUUCAUGAUACGUCCCUCACCAAACAGCCUAAAAUAAUGGAACUUCGGCCCCCCACAUAACAUCAAGCUGCUCCUCUUUUUAAAGACGCCUCGACCCUUCUCCCCCCUCUCACUCCCACAAUAACCUGAACAAAAGCAAUGGACGACUCCACACCACUUCUCCUUUCUUACGGCCCGUCAGAAACCCAGCAUCCAAAAGUAAAGAAGGCAGCUUCACCGUCAUUCGACGACGCCGUCGAGCACUACGUCGGCGGCACCAGCUCGUACCAGCUCUUCCAAGCAUUAUUCGCUUCCCUUGCAUGGGUUUUCGACGCCCAGCAGACCUUCAUCAAUGUCUUCACGGACGCUGAGCCCAGUUGGCACUGCAUCCGCGCCGAUGACCCAUCGUGCUCAUCGACGGGCAACCCUUGCAGUCUCCCCAAGGGCUCAUGGGCAUGGGACCUCCCCACGCACACCUCGAUAGUAUCCGAGUGGGACCUCGAGUGCUCUCGCUCGGCCCUCGCCGGCUUGCCGGCAUCGGCCUACUUCAUUGGCUGCCUCGUUGGAGGGCUCUUGCUUGCAACACUCGCCGACUCGCUGCUCGGCCGUAAGAAAAUGCUCUUCUUCUCAUGCCUCACCAUGUCGCUCGCCGGAGCUCUGACCGUCAUUUCGCCGAACGUAUGGGUCUACUCAGCCUUGAGAUUUAUUUGCGGGUUUGGACGAGCCACCGUCGCCACCUGCGCCCUCGUGUUAUCGACGGAGAUCGUCAACAAAAAAUGGCGAGAUGGUGUCAGCAUCAUCGGAUUCGUCUGUUUUGGGCUUGGCUUCCUAUCUUUGCCGGCUAUAGCCUACAUUAAUCGAGGAUCAUCCUGGAGGACUCUCUACCUGUGGACCUCGAUUCCUUCUUUCUGCUACUCCAUUUUGCUUUAUUUUCUAGUCCAAGAAUCUCCAAGAUGGCUCCUAGUACGAGGGCGAAGAGAAGAGGCCAUCCAUAUAUUGAAGAGCAUCGCGGUGUCGAAUGGUAAUGUGAUCACUUCUAGCUUCUCGACUCUAGUAACCUCGGAAGAUGUCGGAAACGUGGGCAUCUUCACCGCCAUGAAAAUCCUUUGGGAGAAGAGAUGGGCUUUUCGAAGGUUAAUGGCGAUCACGACGGUAGCCUUUGGCCUCGGGAUGGUCUACUAUGGGAUGCCGCUGAAUGUAGGGAAUUUGACAUCCAAUAUCUACUUGAGUGUCACAUAUAAUGCAUUAGCCGAACUGCCCUCAUCGUUGAUCACCUUCUUUUGCAUCGAGAACUUCAACAGGAGGAGCUCGUCGCUCAUACUAACAACCUUGAGUGGGGUGUGUAGCAUUUUGUGUGUCUUCCUGAAGAUUGAGGGGUUAAAGUUGGCAGUGGAGGUUGUGUCCUUCUUCAGCGCCUGCACUGCGUUGAAUGUAGCUCUGAUUUAUAGCAUUGAGUUAUUUCCGACGUGUGUCAGGAACUCGGCAAUCUCACUGGUGAGGCAGGCUCUUGUGCUCGGUGGAGUUUUUGCUCCCAUCUUGGUGGUAGAAGGAAGGAGGAAUAGUUUCUUAUCGUUCGGAGUGUUUGGGCUGGUGAUAGGCUGUUGCGGGCUGUUUGCUGCUUGCUUGCCGGAGACCAGAGGGAGGAGCAUAUGCGACACCAUGGAGGAAGAAGAGUACAACACCAUGGAGGAAGAAGAGUACAAGGAGAUUCCCUCGUCCAAUAACCCAUCAGUAGUUUAAUCAAGGCGCAGUUAUGUAGUCCUUCGACUCUCUCUCUCUCUCUCUCCCAUUAGGAUAAGAGACGAGAUGGUAUUUCAAAAAUCUUGGGACAAGUUGUGUUUGGCUCGGAUGCAGCUUUGUACGUAGUUACUGAAUACCGAAGUGGAUUGGAGAUAGUAUAACCUCAUGAUUUAUAUUUUAA